AUGAAACGGACAAGGGUGGGAGGAAAUCUCCUGCCGGACGGAAGAGGGUGUGAAAGUGUGAUGGCCUCACCGUACAAUCCCCACCGGCGGCAGCUGGGCGGGGGGCAGUCCGCCUGGCCGGAUCUCCCGCCGGAGCUCCUGGAGAGCGUCCUAGGGCGGCUCGCCCCGCUCGACCGUGUCGCCGUCCGCCUCGUCUGCUCCUCCUGGCGCUCGUGCGCGCGAGCUUCGAUCUCGGCUGACCUCCCCUUCGAGGCCCCGCGCCUCCUGCUCCGGCGCCCCGGCUCCUGCGGCGGCCUCGCCUUCUUCAGCCUCCACCGCCGCGAGAUCCUGCCUUUCGCCCUCCCCGACCGCCUCAGCUCCGGCCGGUGCUGCGGCCAGAUCGGCGGCUGGCUCGCCAUGGCCUUCGACGAGGAGCGGGCGAUCGAGCUCCGCAACCUCUUCUCCGGCCAAUCCGUGCCCCUGCCGCGGUCCCCCGUGUUCCCGGUGGCCAAGAUCGUGCUGUCCGCGCCGCCCACCUCGCUUGGCUGGGUGGCCGCCGUGCUGGGCCGCGCCGGCACGGUGGCGCUGCUCCAGCCGGACGUGUCUGGCGGCGCCUGGAUCACGAUCGCCGCCGGGGGGCCGCACGGCGGGUUCCGGGACGUGGCGUUGUGGCGGGGGCGGCUGUGCGCGCUGGGCGACGACGGCACGGUCCUGGCGUACCGUGUCGACCUCCGCGCGCGCGUGGCGGCCGUGUCGGAGCUGCGCGGGAAGGACGCCAACCCUCUGAACCGGCUGGAGCGGCGGGUGCGGUACCUGCUGGAGUCGGACGGGGAGCUCCUGCUGGUGAAGAAGCUGUACAGCGUGGUGCGGGACUCGGCGGACGUGGAGGUGGAGGUGAGCCGGUUCCGGCCGGAGGGGUGCAAGUGGGAGUCGGUGACGGAGCUCCCCGGGAGGGCGGUGUUCCUGGGGUCGGUGGCGUCGGCGGCGGCGCCGGCGACGGCGGGGGUCCGGGAGAACUGCGUCUACUUCGCGCGGCGGGACGUGGAGCUGAUGGUGCCGCACGCCAUCGGCGUGUACUCGCUGGGGGACCGGGAGACGGCGGUGGUGGCCAUCGCGGGCGGGCACUCCGUGGAGGUGGAGCCCGUGUGGAUCCUCCCCUCGGUCGCCUGA